AUGGGUCAGUCUGUGGCUGAUCCGCCCGACGAGCACCCCCCGGAGAAUGGACGGCUCCCCCACAGACCCCGAAGCCACUGCAGUGGCACCGCCCCUGCCCCCCUCGGGUUCCACUACCUCCGCAGGCUGUGCAGGGAGAGGGGAAUCCUCUUCGAAGACCCCGAGUUCAAUGGAACGGGCACUAGAAUACCCAGCAGCAAGCACAGAUCUCAAUGCUCGACAGUCACGUGGAUGCGACCCUACGAAAUUUGUGCAAGACCAAAGUUUGUAUCCGAAAGCACUGCACGUUUUGAUAUCGAGCAGGGGGAACUAGGAGAUUAUAGUCUUGUGGCAGCAGUGUCUUGCCUGACCAUGACACCUCGGUUCCUGGAACGAGUAGUUCCACCAGAUCAGAACUUUCAUCAAGGCUACUGUGGAAUCUUCCGGUUUAGGUUCUGGAGGUUCGGGGACUGGGUGGAGGUGGUCGUCGACGACCGGCUGCCCACAGCGAAGGGAAGACCAUUGUUCCUAAGGUCAACGGAUCCUACAGAAUUCUGGCCUGCCUUGCUCGAAAAAGCCUACGCUAAAUUCUAUUGCGGUUAUGGCAACCUCCAAGGAGGAAAAACUUCUCAAACCUUACAAGAUCUUACUGGAGGAGUAGCACAGAACUUUCGAAUAGCGGACCAUGAGCCUUCAGUCAUGUUCCAAACUGUUAAUAGUUGCGUCACUCGUUCAACUCUGCUAGCUGCUAGCAUACAAACGGACCAGCGUCUACCUGUACGACUACGGAAUGGAUUAGUCACACAACAUGCGUAUAGCAUCACAGGUCUUGCAAGGGUGCGGACUCGAAGUGGGGAAGUUCCUUUAAUUCGACUGAGGAAUCCUUGGGGCAAAGGAGAAUGGAACGGACCUUGGAGCGAUCGUUCCUGGGAGUGGGACAGUCUUCCAGAGCGAGAUCAAGAACUUCUCAGCUGCAGAAUCAGAAAUGAUGGAGAAUUUUGGAUGUCUUUCGAAGACUUUCUUCGAAACUUCACAUUCCUGGAUCUACUCCACGUGGGGCCUGAUGAUUGGAUGUUAGAGCCCGCCAUGCACAGCAAGAGGCCAUGGAGGGCCGUGCUGGCCCGAAGGCGCUGGCGCGUUGGCUUCAACGCUGGAGGCGGCCCGCAGUGCAAAGAUACUACAGCUAUGAAUCCGCAGUUCCGAGUACACAUUGCAAAAAAUGGUGCCAAAAAAUGCCACGUUGUGGUUUCUAUUUUGCAGUAUUACCCUUUAGGAUCUCAAAGCACUGAACAGAGUAAAAAAAUAGCCUUACUGCCUUUGGGAUUUACUGUGUAUGAGGUACCUCCAAACAUGGCUCGUAUCAGUAGUCAUUUUGUUCAGACUCAUCAGCCUUUGGAUAUCAUCGUCCAUUCGCCAAUCAGGGAAGCCGUCAUAUUCUUCACGUUGCCACCCGGAGAUUUCGUUAUUAUGCCUUUCACUGUGCAACCCAACUGUGAGACGAAGUUUCUCUUGAGGAUUUUCACUGACGAAGUCAGCAAUAUAUGGGAAGUGAAUGAUGAAAACGUCCUAAUUAAAGACCUUACAUUUUCCUACAGUACAGAUUUCACAGCACUGCAGAAUGACUAUCCAGUUUUAACGAAGCUAAUGCCUAAGGUUCCGUUAGAAAUUGACGCUCUUUUACUGCAAAAGAUUUUACGUUCUAUUUGGAAAUCUUUAAAUCUCUUGUGCGAAAAGCCAAGUCUCGAGCUUUGUAAAAAUCUUAUCAUGUUGAGAGACCCUCUUAUUACGGGAAAAAUCACCAAAAAUGAGCUUCCGGGAUUGCUGUACACCCUUCAACAUUGGCGUGCUGCUUUUGGUAAACAUGAUACGAAUAACAGGAGCAAAACCAGUAGCUUUAAUUUGAGAAGUGCACUGUGGGAUGCAGGACUCACGAUCAGCAACAAAGUUCUUGAAUGCUGCAUUUUGCGAUUUACUAAACACAGUGUCUUAACUUCAGAAGCUUUCCUCUUAACUCUAGUCAAAAUAUAUUUGGCUCAUGAGCGAUUUCAAACAGUUGAAAAGAAAAUGAAAGAAAACGGAAUGACUUUAGAAGAGAUGAUUCUUCUAACUGUGUACUCCUGAAUUAUCACCAACUUCACCAAGAGAAAAAUGUCACAAUCUUCCAUCGUACUAUUCUUCAUUAUUUUAAAAUGAUUUAUGAAUAUGUAAAUCAACGUAUAGUUAAAAACUAUUAUUGUUCUGUCAAACACCAGUUCAAAAAAAUGUCAAUAUCAUCAAAAGCAUUUGGUAUUUCAGAACGCAUCUUUCUUUCUAGUCAUUUCUGAUUGCACGUUAUGUAGCUCAUUGAAUAUGAUAUUUUUGGUGUUACACAAUCAUUUUUCCGUUUUAAAAUGCAUUGCAA